CGCGUACGAUCGAUUGACGGCUCUCCUCCCAAGAAGAGAGUGGCUGCCUGGAAGAUUGCCCUCACUUUGGUAGCAUGUGUCGUAGGUUUUACCGUCAACACCGAAGCAACAGCCUACAUUGAAGAUAAGCUCAACUGGAAGAAACCUAUUGCGACCAUGUACCUCACCCAUUCUGCUCUGGCUCUACCAUGGAUUGCUCAUAUGCUCUACAUGCGGUACACAAAUCGCCAAAUAUCCUACGUCCAGUGGGUCCGAGAAUAUAACAACACUCUGCGAGGCAGUAUCGCCACCAUUGAUGCUUUCGCCACGCAUGGAAGUAAAAUGGUUAUCAAAGGUCCUGGUCGUACGGGAGGACCGCUAGAUUUCCUCGCGACAUCUAUGGCAAUUGUCACAAUCAUUUUGACGAUAUCUGGUUUCAGCUGGUUCACUUCCUUGAGCUUGACCACACCUGCAGAUCUCACUGCCAUUUACAAUUGUAGCACAUUCUUUGCUGCAGCUUUUUCCGUACCUAUUCUCAAAGAGAAGCUCGGUUGGAUUUCCAUCCUCGCUGUAGCCUUGAGUAUUGCUGGUACUUUCACAAUCGCAUAUGGAGACACUACAGCCGAUCACUCAUCCGAAUCCGAUCCUGCGAUUGGAGGAAGUCGAUUACUCGGUAAUGUCAUAGCCUGCGUGGGAGCUGUGGCAUUUGGGCUGUAUGAGGUGCUGUUUAAGAAAUGGGCGUGUUCGAAUAGACCAGAAUCACAAGAGUCUAGCCUUCCGCUCACACUAGCAGCUUCGGCCUUGACUGGAUUCUACACAUUUGGAGUUUUAUGGAUCUUUCUCAUCAUCUUCCACAUCUUGGGUAUCGAGACCUUUAGUUUCCCUUCGGCGUACGCAUGGCUGUGGCUGGUCAUUGCGGUGCUCUCGGGAGUUAUUGGGAUUACUUUAUUGGUCGUCUUGGUCAUCUGGACCGAUCCCGUCUUUGGCAGUAUGGCGAAUGUGCUCAGUGUCUUCUUUGUUGCAUUGGCGGACUGGUUGGUCUGGGAUCUUACUCCAAGUCUGGCGACGUACAUAGGCGGAGGAUGCAUAUUUGUGGCCUUUGGCAUGCUGUCCUACGAUACGUUGGGUGAGAAGAAAGAUUGAGACCACAGCAUAGACCGGAAGACUAUUCGCGGGGUACUGCCUGCUUGUGCGCUCUCAGAGCACGACUUCCCAGCGCGGAUGCACAUUGUGCUCCCACGACACGAAAGGAAUCAGCCACUGCCUACAGCAUCAUGGCAGUGGUAUCCAUCCAGAGGAUGGCCCGAACCUUGGAGCAUCAUCGUCAGCAGGUCCACGAUACAUCCCACCAGCUCGAUCGAUCCAAGCAUAGGUGUGCUUCCGCCUGGGCCAUUCAAGCUUGUCUGAGGAGGAAUCACUCGUUCUCUGAAAGGUGACAGUUCUUUCCUCUGCGGUGCCAUAACCAAGUCAGGACAACUUCGCAGCCAUGAGCAGGAAGGACAUGUCUAGGACCUGGAGCCUGUGAUUAACACGGGAAUUUGAGUAUUCCGAAGCAUUAUUCGGAUAGAUGUGGGACCAAGAGGAAGGAGUCUCCUCUCAAUGAGAUUGUAGAAAUGGGCGCGCAAUCGCGAAGAAAGCAUAUCCAGCCCCAUAAUGGCAGAGACAACCUAGUGCCGAGAAAUCUGUCUUGCCACGUUUUCGCGAGAUAGACUAAUGUAGCUACAUGUACCUUAU